UCGAAGAAGAAGAAGAAGAAGAGUAGCCGUUGAAAAUGGAAGUUUAUUAGAUCAAUUAUUUUUCUUCAAGUCUCCAUUGAACAUCUCCAUCUUUGAGCUACGUGGACUCUGUUUCCCUGCUCUCUCAUUUUCACCUACUGGUGAAUGGGGAGAUACUUGUUGUGCAAAAGGCGGUGAAAAUCAGCGCAGGCGACUUGCGAGUUGUUUGGUGGGCAUCCUUAAUCUUCCAAAAGGAAAGUUUUAUUUAGGAUUAGGGGCUGGUUGAGUCUUUGAUUUUGUCAGUGAACGAAGAGGUUCUUGAUUGUUCAAUAGGCGGCGAAAGUUGGUGUGGGCGAAUUUGUUUGGUGGGCAUCCUUGAAUCUUCCAAAGGGAAAUUUUUAUGUAGGAUUAGGAGCUGGUUGAGUCUUUGAUUUUGUCAGUGAAUGAAGAGGUUCUUGAUUGUGCAAUAGGCGGUUAAAGUCAGCGUGGGCGAAUUGUGGAUUGUUUCGUGGGCAUCCUUGAAUCUUCCAAAAGGAAAAUUUUAUUUAGGAUUAGGGGCUGGUUGAGUCUUUGAUUUUGUCCGUGAACGAAGAGGUUCUUGAUUGUGCAAUUGGCGGUUAAAGUCGGUGUGGGCGAAUUGUGGGUUGUUUGGUAGGCAUCCUUGAAUCUUCCAAAGGGAAAUUUUUAUUUAGGAUUAGGGGCUGGUUGAGUCUUUGAUUUUGUCAGUGAACGAAGCGGUUCUUGAUUGUGCAUCUUGAUUGUGCAAUAGGCGGUUAAAGUCGGCUGGGCGAAUUGUGGGUUGUUUGGUGGGCAUCCUUGAAUCUUCCAAAGGGAAAUUUUUAUUUAGGAUUAGGAGUUGGUUGAGUCUUUGAUUUUGUCAGUGAACAAAGAUGUUCUUGAUUGUGCAGUAGGCGGUUAAAGUCGGUGUGGGCGAAUUGUGGGUUGUUUGGUGGGCAUCCUUGAAUCUUCCAAAGGGAAAUUAUUAUUUAGGAUUAGAGGCUGGUUGAGUCUUUGAUUUUGUCAGUGAACGAAGCGGUUCUUGAAUGUGCAAUAGGCAGUUAAAGUCGGCUGGGCGAAUUGUGGGUUGUUUGGUGGGCAUCCUUGAAUCUUCCAAAGGGAAAUUUUUAUUUAGGAUUAGGAGUUGGUUGAGUUUUGAUUUUGUCAGUGAACGAAGAUGUUCUUGAUCGUGCAAUAGGCGGUUAAAGUCUGCCUGGGCGAAUUGUGGGUUGUUGGGUGGGUGUCCUUGAAUCUUCCAAAGGGAAAUUUUUAUUUAGGAUUAGGGGCUGAGGUUCUUCAUUGCGCAAUAGGCGGUUAAAGUUGGCGUGAGCGAAUUGUGGAUUGUUUUGUGGGCAUCCUUGAAUCUUCCAAAAGGAAAAUUUUAUUUAGGAUUAGGAGCUGGUUGAGUCUCUGAAUUUCUCAGUGAAUGAAGAGAUUAUUGAUUGUGCAAUAGGCAAUUAAGUGAGCGUGGGUUAAUUGUGGGUUGUUUCAUGGGCAUCCUUGAAUCUUCCAAAAGUAGAUCUUUUCGGCUCAACUACUCUGUUUCUGACCACUCCAGUUCUAGCUUGAAUUCCCAGCAGCUCAUUGCCGCAGAGAUCUCCAAAGAAAACCCCAAAGAUGAAAACGUUCCUCACCUUUCUGACCAAUCCAGUUCCAGCUUGAAUUCUCAAGAGCUCAUUGCCCCAGAGAUCUCCAAAGAAAACCCCAAAGAUGAAAACUUACCUGCCAUUAAUCCCCCCAAGAAAGAGGCCAUCGUGAGCCGUGGAAUUAAUAACAAAGCUUAUCAUGUCUUGGGACAUAAGACCGCUAACUUCCGUAAGCUGUACGUGUUGGGUCGUGAAUUACGACGGGAACUGCGUGGGAGUACUUAUUUAUGCAUGGAGAUUGCCACGGAGAUUAAGUAUGCCUGUAAGUUUAUCUCAAAGAAGAAGUUGAAUUCUGAGGAGGAAGUGGAGGACGUUAGGAGGGAGAUUCAGAUACUGCACCAUUUAGCAGGUCACAAGAAUAUUGUGACCAUCAAGGCUGCUUAUGAGGAUCCCUCGUAUGUGUAUAUUGUGAUGGAGCUUUGUGAAGGUGGUGAAUUGUUUGAACGGAUCAACCAGAGGAGACGUUACAGUGAGAGAGAGGCUGCUGAAUUAACAAAGAUCAUUGUAGGGGUUGUUGAGUAUUGCCACUUGCUCGGGGUUAUGCAUAGAGAUCUAAAGCCUGAGAACUUCUUGUUGCUUGACAAAGAUGAUGAUUUCUCUCUCAAAGCUGUUGAUUUUGGGCUCGCUGUUUUCUUUGAACCAGGCCAAGUUUUCACUGAUAUGGCUGGAAGCGGACAUUACAUGGCUCCCGAGGUAAUCGACAGGCGGUAUGGGCCAGAAGCAGAGGUAUGGACAGCAGGGGCCAUACUAUAUAAAUUGCUAAGUGGUGUGCCUCCACUUUGGACAGAAACAGAACAGGGAGUAUUUGAUGCAGUGUUGAAGGGACAUAUUGACUUUGAAUCAGACCCAUGGCCCCAAAUAUCUGGCAGUGCAAAGCACCUAAUCCGGAAAAUGCUAUGUUCUCAGCCUUCAGAACGUUUGACUGCUCAUGAAGUUUUAUGCCAUCCUUGGAUACGUCAAAAUGGAGUUGCUCCUGAUACAGCACCGGAUCCAGCUGUACUUUCUCGUUUAAAACAGUUCUCUGCAAUGAAUAAGUUUAAGAAGAAAGCUUUACGGGUAAUAGCUGAAAGCCUUUCUGAGGAAGAGAUUGCUGGUUUGAGAGAGAUGUUUAAGGUGAUGGAUACUGAUAACAGUGGUGCAAUUACGUAUUAUGAACUGAAAGCUGGUUUGCAAAGAUAUGGCUCUGUCUUGAAGGAUACAGAAAUACUUGGUCUUUUGGAAGCCGCUGAUGUGGACUAUAGUGGCACUAUCGAAUAUGGGGAAUUUAUAGCUGCAACAAUUAAUCUUAACAAACUAGAAUGUGAGGAAAAUCUCAUUGCAGCAUUUCAAUACUUCGACAAGGAUGGAAAUGGUUACAUCACAGUUGAUGAGCUCCAGCAAGCUUGUCCAGAACAUAACAUGACUGUCGCUUAUCUUGAGCAUAUUGAAGAUAUAAUCAGAGAUGUUGAUCAAGAUAAUGAUGGAAGGAUCAAUUAUGGUGAAUUUGUUGCUUUGAUGCGAAAGGGUAAUGUUGAUAUUGGAAGACGAAACACGCAAAACAGACUGAAAUUGGGUUCAAUUUGGAUUGUAUUGCCGCUUUCAUGAUUUCCUUCAACAAGGGGGCGCAAAAGCUUUCUUGAUUUACAUCCAAAAGACUUGUUUAUUUCUGUUGUGUCUAAACUUGUUUUCCUGUAUAUUGACUUGGCACGUUGGCUGGCUGUACAGCAAAGGCAGAAGAAAAUUAGUGAUGAAGCUUUGAGAAACAAUUUCAAUUCCUUGGCUCGAAAACCAUAUCUUGUGUUACAGAAGAUUUGGGCCCCGGAGGUUCUGUGCUUGAGCAUUUACUAGAGGGAUGCAUUUAUGGUGCUGUGUGACUGAUCAAGAAAAUAUUUGUAAGCUUUGUACACUUAAUAUGGAAUAGGAUCGGAGCCAUUUCAUGGUUAAGAUUUAAUGUUCUAUUUAAUAGUGUGGAUGC